GCCAUUUAUGGCGGUCAAUUAAAGCGAUCGCGCCGUCGUCGAAUAUUAACGUAGCCGGACCUCGCUAUUAUUAUGACAUUAAACGAAGCGACGCGUGACUGGACACGCCGCGAGAACAUUAUUAAUUGCACAAUAUACGUAAAUCAAACAUCGACCGCUCCACGAAAGAUCUUUCUUUCCUCUCGAUCGAGAUACCGGAUCCUCGUCAUCCUCCUAGCGUGCUCCGCUCACGCAGAAAUCUUAGAAACGAUAGCGCAAUGGCCGCUCCUCGACUUCGCGCUCCCUUACAACCAGGAAUUCAUGAAUCGAUUUCGUCCGGAGAGCGUGGUGCCCACUGGGAUCACCGUCGGCUCGGACAGGGUCUUCAUCAAUGUUCCAAGGUUGCGUGACGGUGUGCCGUCGACCUUGAACUACAUACCGAGGAACUUCCCGCUGGGCGGCAGCCCGCAGCUCCAAGCUUAUCCAUCUUGGGACUGGCACGUCGCUGGCAUAGGGGAUCUAAACUGCUCGAGGAUGAUCUCCGUGUACAGGUCUAAGAUCGACGCCUGUGACAGGCUCUGGGUGAUCGACAGUGGCGUGAUCACUUCGAUCGACGACUUCAGACCCGUCUGCCCACCGAAAAUAUUGCUCUUCGAUUUAGCCACCAAUUUCUUAUUGCGCAUGUACACGUUCCCGAGGGAGGUGCUGAGACCCAACUCGUUGCUGACCAACGUGAUACUCGACGACGUCGGAGCCACCACCUGCGACGACGUGUUCUUGUACAUCUCCGACACUGCGGGAGCCGGUAUCGUGGUGUUCGACAGCGUCAACGAGAGGAGCUGGCGGGUAGCUCACCCCUAUAUGUUCCCUGACCCAGAUUUCUCUACUUAUAGAAUUGGCAACAGCAUGUUCGAGUUAAUGGACGGCAUCGUCGGCUUAGCGUUCUCGCGCAGACAGGGCGUAGUGUACUUCCAACCCUUAGCGACGGACCGUUUGUUCAGCGUGCCAACCUCGGCGCUUCAGGCGGGUCCUCUUCCGUUCGGCGAACAGUUGCCGGUCAGGUUGCUCGGGAGAAAGUCUAGUCAAGGUCUCGCGUUGGCCGUCGAUCCUACCGAUGACACCGUCAUAUUCGCGCCGCUGACGGAAACCGCCAUUGUCGCGUGGCAGCCUGACACUAGACUGCAUAGAAUCAUAGCUCAAGAUCCAGAGAAGCUGCAGUUCGUCGCCGAAAUUCGACUGGCCGAACGAGACAACGGCACGUUCUGGGCGAUGUCGACGAGAUUCCAGAAUUUCUUCAGGCGAGAGGUCAGCGCUCAAACGAUCAACAUCCGGAUCAUGAGGCUGAUACCCGACCAGUUCAUCCCGAACACCAACACCUUACUGUACGGGAAAUAGAUCGGAAACUUCCGUUGUCCCGAGGAAGUUUCCUGGCUCGAUAUUUCCUUGCCAAGAUAUAGCAAUUCACAUCAUCGCGUAACCAAGAGAAUCGAUUACAGCGGCGGGAGGGGACCAGACGGAAGCUUCAAAAUACGAUUUUCCUUUUAAGUAGCACGAAUUUCUAGAGGAAACACUGGACACGGGAUCCCCGUAGUGUUCAUUGUUAAGCGACUUUGAAAACGGCAGCAAUUUCGAGGGCGUUGCUCAUACAUUCACGUCGGCCAACUCGAAUGAUGGAUGCACCGCGUGGUCGUUCGCGGGAAAAUGAAUAAUGAUGUUAGCGUUUGGUUAGCGCAGUUAUUGUUUUCGCCGAUGUCCGAGUGAAAAGCGUGUAAUACGUCGUUUGAUUAAUGCUCGAUUACGUCUUGGAAUCGUUCGUAGAGGGGAUAGGUUACUUCGAGGAUAGAAGAAUACGUUUUCGUUCGAGUAGCUCUCUAUCGAGAGACAUAGAAGCAAAAGUUAAAUCAAGAGUAUUUGUAUUUUUCUAUUUAUUACACAUGUACGUUGGAAACUACGUUCUUAGUUCUUUCAGGAGAAACCUC